AUGCAUGUACCGGACCGUGUGCUACGACAGUUUACACUCUCUCAGCAUAUUCCAGAUCCUGUCGAGCAGAUCAAUCGUCGGCGGCGCCCUACAUCGCACCGGACUGACUGGGCCGUAGUCCGUGCGGACUACAUAGGCAGGUGGGUUCAGAGGUGGGAUUGCAUACAGGAUACGAGGCCCACAGCUGUUGACUAUACCACGUAUAUGCGUUGGUAUUGGGGUAUCACACGUAGAUGGAUCACGCGUGACCCACAGCCUUUAGCUGGACACAUGCCACGCCCACCGACAGAUAGUUACAUCCCUAGUGGGAUGAACGAGAGAGAUUACGUCCGUGUUUUAGAUAGCAUUGAUGCUGAUAUUGAUGCGCACGUGACUGAGAUUCAGGAUCAGGUGGCGUUAGGUCUCCUCAGCAGGAUCAAGAAGAGCAUAGCGCAGGUGUUCCAUAAGACUCACGUCGACGAGUUCGCAGGCCGUGAGGACAGGUCUCGCUCAUUUGGACGGGCGUACGCUCGACGUCGACGGCCGCGUGAUGAUGACGCCGGCACUUCGCAUGCCGAUGGAGCCGGCACUUCGCAUGCCGAUUUUUAUGCCGUCUACUUGCGCAUGCGAUGCGAGCCGGCACUCGCAGCUUCAUACACGCCCGGGAUACGGUCAGGGCGGAUAGUUGCGGUGCUCUUCAAGCGAGGGGGAACCCGAGGGGGGGGCGGGGAAGAGCAGGGGGAGAGCGGGCAAGGAGAGGGAGGAGGCGAAGGGAGGAGCUAUAUUGGGUGA